AUGGAGUAUUUUUUAUCCGUUUCCAUAUUUAUUUUCGAGUGUAUUUCUAUUAGUGAUGCGAUUUAUUACCCCAAAGAAAUAAAUGAGCGUCCAAUAAUUGGCAUUCUAAGCCAAGAACAGUCUCGCUACCUUCAUACUAAGUUUCCCGUAGAAAACUAUACGAGUUACAUUGCAGCUUCUUACGUGAACGAUGUGGAAAAAUCUGGAGCCCGGGUAGUGCCCAUAUUAAUUGGAAAAGAUCGUAGCUAUUACAGAGAUUUAAUGCUUAAACUUAAUGGUGUACUUUUCCCUGGCGGAGCUACUUAUUUUAAUCAAUCAGAUGGUUACGCUGAUGCUGGUCAGCAUAUAUAUGAAAUCGCUCAGGAGUUUAACGAUGCCGGCGACUAUUUCCCAAUUUUCGGAACCUGCUUGGGAUUUCAGUUAAUCAUCAUAUUGGCUUCUGGCCGCGGACCAAACGAAAACAGGGAGACCUGUUACUCCUUUGAAAAUUUGCCGCUAAUAUUUGCACCAGACUUUCGCACAAGUAAAAUGUUCAAAGACAUGAACGAAGACAUACUCAAAAUUCUCGCUACGGAAAACGUCACAGCAAACCUUCAUCAAUUUUGUAUUCUGGAUAAGAAUCUAGAAAAUUAUUAUUUAACGAAGGACUGGAGACCAACUUCUUACGGAUAUGAUGCAAACAAUAUAAAAUUCAUUGCGUCUUAUGAGCAUACUAGGUACCCCUUCUACGCUGUUCAGUUUCACCCAGAGAAGAGUUCAUUUGAAUGGAAACGAUCCAAAAACUAUCCUCAUUCAAUGAAUGCUAUCAAAGCGAACAGGUACUUCAUGGACUUUUUCGUGACAGAAUGUAGAAAAAGCACUCAUUCAUUCAAUAAUGAAAGAGAAGAGAAUGUGAAUGUGAUUUACAAUUAUCCAGCUGUACCAACAGGUAUCCUUGGCAGCGCUCAUCAUCAAUGUUACUUCUUCGAGCCGAGAGGAAUUGUGUCCAGUCGUUUUUAG